UAGCCACGUUUUCUUGCAACAUAAUCAUAUUAGGUUAUUCUGUGGACGUCUCUAGGCAUAUUAGGAUUACCUCACAAAAAGGAGACUUUUUUAACUGCCAAAAUAUUUUUACGAUGCUUGAAGUCAAGUGAACUUACAUUUUUUUAAAGUACCAUAAUCGAUUUUUUGAAGUGGCUUUUAAAGAAGGUGAAGAUGGCUUGAUGGUAGAUUCCCGCGCCAGUUACCAAGUUUUCCGGAUUCCAUAAAACGAGAAAUACUUGUUUCUCUUUAGGGUUGAUUGCAGUCUUGUGCAAUCUGUAGAAAAUUACUGCGGAAAAAAGAUUAAAAGAACUAUUCUGUUAGACUUGAGACACUCUAUCGAAGUCCAUCAUGCAUACUAUGUAUGAAAAAGUGGUCUCGGUGAUCGCUAAGCCUGUGGAAGAACGGACAGACAUUGAGUGUCUGGACCUUAUUUCUUGGUUCCGUAACAAAUCAUCCCUCUUCCAGUCUCUCAAAGCAGAUAUAAUCAAAGACGUCAUACGACAUUGUAUCUUUGAGAGACCGAAAAGAGAUGAUGUCAUUAUUAAGCAGGGAGACAACGGAGACAGACUGUAUAUCAUUCUUCGUGGGAAAAUGUCAAUUUAUGUUCUACAAGACAAAGAAAAUGACCAAGAAGUAAAACAAAUUAUAGAGAAGGCAGUAGCCAAGGGUAAACUGGAGAGAUCAGCAUUAGGACAACAUGUUUGGACGUCAGUUGAAGGUAACACAGUAGGAGAGAUCGCCCUAAUCAAGGACGACUGUGUAAGAACAGCCAGUGUCGUGGUGGAUGAAGACACUGACUUGAUGGUUGUUGAUAGGACGCUUUAUAAUAGAUCCGUCCGCGACGUUCUAGAAAAAGAAUUCCACGAUAAAACAUACUUCGUGGAUACAAAUCCUCUAUUUUCAUACUGGUCACCAAAAUUGAAGAAGUCUUUAGCAAUUUCUUUGAAACGAGAAAUUCAUUUCUAUGGAAGUCCGAUCGUUCGGCAAGGUCAACCCGUGGGAAAUCUGUAUAUAAUUACAGAAGGCGAAGUUGAAAUUUUAAUAGAUCAGGCAGGUUAUAAAGAACAAUAUCCAGGAGUUUGGACGGAAAUGAAACGAUUACUUCCGGAACUUCUCCCCCCGAGACGAAGGGUAUCAAUAGGAAGGCAAAGAGAAGUUCCUGUUAAUAUCACUCCAUCUGAGUCCUUGCGUCAGAAAAAGACGAUGCAUAAACACUUUCAAAUGUGUCUGCUGGGUGGAAAUGAAAUAAUUGGCGCAACAGAAACUUUACUGGGCUUAAAAACGUACAUGGAAAAUGCAAAUGUCACUCGAAAGACAGAACUUUUGUCUUUAAGUACAGGAAAUUACCAACGUUUGUUCACGAAAAAAUCAGCAACUCGAAGUAUAGACCUACUGAAAAAUGUCAUGGUGUCUCGAUUAUAUCUAUAUAUACAUAGAACUCAGUUGUCUUUGCAUAACGCUUCACUGCUUAAGUACCUAUCGUUAAAAUUGAGGGAUCCUGAGUCCCUGAAACAGCUGCGUUCACGGCAUAUAAAGAAGCCCAAGGCGAAACAGGAGAAACACAAGGAAUACUUCUACGGGGCAUUCAAUUCCAGACGCUGUGAUAAAGAGGAGGAAAAUAUCAGGAGUUUUCUGAAAACGAUGGGGGUAUAUUAUAUUUCCACGGAUAAUUCUCUACCAGAAUUAGAAACAAGUCAGCGGGUAUUGGCUGACCUCAAUGAUCAUCUCUCUGAUUGGCUGAAGCGCACACGAAAAAGCGACAAACCAGAAUUCAGGGAAGUCGUUUCUCCUGCAGGACAGAAAUAUAAAAGAUAUCGACUUGAGGCACUGAGUGAACCGCCACGACUGGACACCUUUGUAAGAACUAAAACAGUUUGUUGAUAAACACCUCAGAUGAUCCUGCGUCAACUCCGAAAAGAUUACACAACCAAGGCUGUUGCAAACUGAACGAUUUUGUCUCAGUUUCUUAAUCAUAGAUCAGAAAUAAUCAUUGUCAUUGGAAGACCUUUUAAUGACUUAAGAAUAAACACAUUUAGCAAAUGUUCACAUUGUCCAGUUUUUAAAUUCUGUUAAAAUAAAUUUGUAAACCCUGAAA